AGAGUCGGCGAAACAGUUCACGUAGAACGUUUGACAAGUGUAGAACACACAGUGCGGCAGUUUCGUAAGUCAACAGACCAACCGUAAAAGAUCUAUUAGUUCACUAAAAAAAAGGGAGACCCACAGCAAUAAUGACAACUUUGAUCCGAAAAUUGAUUAGCACCAGCAAUGCUGCCAAGCCAGUAGCGCCCUACAAUCAAGCUGUUGUGGCAGAUCGCACUGUGUAUGUUUCUGGCUGCUUGGGGUUGGACAAAAAUACCAUGCAAUUGGUGCCGGGCGGUGCUGCCGAACAAGCUGAUAUGGCCUUGAAAAAUCUACAAGCUGUACUUGUUGCUGCCGAUUCCGGUGUCGAUAAAGUCAUAAAGAAUACCAUCUUCUUAAAGGAUCUCAAUGAUUUUGGUGCCGUCAAUGAAGUCUAUAAGAAGGUAUUCACCAAAGAAUUCCCCGCCCGCAGUUGCUUCCAAGUAGCCCAUUUGCCCAUGAACGCCUUGGUUGAAAUAGAAUCUAUUGCCAUGACUGGUCCUAUCAAAACUGUCACCGCUGCUGAUUGACUGGAAGAGCCUGCUGAGAAAGUAAUCUCGAAAAUCUAAACUUUAGUUUCAUUAAAAAAAAUAAUAAAAUAAAAACAUGCCACAUUACAAACUGAA